CUCGAAAUGUUGAGCGAAGACGAAGAUGGCCAGGGUGAAGCAUCAGGCUCAGACGAUGGCGAGGUCGACGAGUUUCCAGAGAUCGACGCGAACUCGGACAGUGAGGAAGACAGCGAAGGGGGGGAUGACGAGGGAGAUGGGGAAGAUGAGGAAGAAGACGAGGAGGAGGACGAGGAGGACGAAGAGACGGACGACGACUUGCACAUAUUCCCAAAAGCCAAGACCAUCACCUCAGAUAUAACCGGCCAACCCAAAAAAGUCUACCCAGAGAUCGAGCCCGACUACGACUCGGAUUCGUCGACAGAAGACGCGCCGAAUCGCGUCGGAAACAUACCAAUGCACUGGUACGACGAUCUACCUCAUGUGGGCUAUAGUAUUGAUGGGAAGAAAGUGCUCAAACCCGCACGAGGAGAUGAACUCGACAAGUUCCUGCAGACGGUGGAGGACCCUUCCGCAUGGACGUCGGCAUUCGACAACAACCUCCAACUGGACAAGCCUCUCACUGCCGAAGAGCUUGACAUCAUUCGUCGUCUGCAGGCGCAUGAGAACCCAGACGCUCAGUACGAUCCCUACGAACCCACCAUCGAGUGGUUUACAGGAAAAGGCAAAGAAGAGAUCAUGCCUCUCUCUGCUGCCCCAGAGCCCAAACGGAGAUGGGUCCCAAGUAAAUGGGAAAAACAAAAGGUGAUGAAAAUCGUCCGCGCCAUCCGACAAGGUCGUAUCAUCCCUUCCAAAGCCUCCGCUGCCAAACCGCAAUUCUACGCCAUCUGGAACGAAGAGCCAUCUACCACCGCACCACCGCUUCCCGCGCCCAAACCGCGCCUUCCGACCAACGCCGAGUCGUAUAACCCCCCAGAGGAGUACCUCCCCACAGAAGAAGAGCGCAAGGAAUGGGAGGCGACCGAAAAAGAAGACCGCGAGCGGGAUUUCCUACCGCACAAGUACGGCGCGUUGCGACUUGUGCCUGCAUACGACCAGUUCGUGCAGGAGCGGUUCAACCGUCAGCUCGAUCUGUACCUCGCGCCGCGCAUCCAGCGCGUGAAGCUCAACAUCGACCCGAACACUCUUAUUCCGAAGCUUCCGAGCCCGAGCAGCCUACGACCGUUCCCGAAUUACAAGGCGCUCAGCUUCACGCACACGAAGGGCCGGGUGCGGUGUGUGAGCGUGAGCCCGGACGGCGCGUGGGUGGUCAGCGCGGACGAGGAGGGCGUGGUCAGCCUGUGGGAAGUGAUGGUGGGGCGGGAGGUGAAGCGGUGGACGAUGGGGGAUAAGGUGGGCGCGGUGGAAUGGUGUCCGAGAACGGACGUCAGCUUCUUCAUCGUCGCGACGCAAGUGGACGAGAAGCUGCAUUUCAUUAUCCCGCCCAACGUUCCGCCGGCCGUGUUGACGGCGACCCACAACGCGCUCGCUCCCGCGACCCUGCCCCCUCCACCCCCGAACCCGUCGCCUGUCAAGUGGUCCAACCCCCCAUCUGCCAUCGCCGUUUCCUCCGACGCACCCAUCUUGUCUAUUGGCCUACCUCAGUCGUCGGGGCUCCCAAAAGGCAUCGUAUGGCACAGAAAAGGCGACUACUUCGCUACCGUGUCGAGCGGGGAAGGCCAGGGUGGCGUGUGGAUCCACCAGGUGUCACGACGACAUUCGCAGGCGCCGUUCAAGAAGGUCAAGGGCACGGUGCAGCUCGUCCUCUUCCAUCCGACGAAGCCGCAGUUCUUCGUGGCCACUCAGCGAUACGUCAGAGUAUAUAAUUUAGCCGAGCAGAAGCUGCUCAAGACCUUGAUCCCUGGCAUACGAUGGAUAUCGUCGAUGGAUGUUCAUCCGUCCGGCGACCACAUCAUCGUCGGAGGGUACGACCGUAAAUUGUGCUGGUUCGACCUGGAGCUCAGCGACAAGCCAUAUAAAAUCAUGAGAUACCACUCGCGCGCGAUCCGAUCCCUACACUUUCACCCAACAUAUCCGCUAUUCGCAUCGUCGUCGGACGACGGCUCGAUCCAGAUAUUCCACGCGCGGGUGUUCCACGAUCUGAUGACGGACCCAUUGAUCGUGCCACUCAAAAUUUUACGUGGGCACACGGUGCGCGACGGGCUGGGGGUGCUGCAGGUCAGAUGGGUGCCGAAACAGCCAUGGUUGGUCAGUGCGGGUGCAGACAGCAGGGUCUCGGUCUGGUGUAGUUAGUAUGUCGGCGUCAUGAACGGGAGCCGCCCAAUGCGCAGCUGCGGCGUUCGCUGGUUUGGGUCCACACAAGAAAGCGCAUGUCUUUUUUGGUUACAUUCAUUCCAGGCGAACGCGCCCGACAGUUUGAUAUGCACGUCC